CUUCUCUGUCUCUCUGUCCCCUCUCUUACAUUGUAUCUCCUUUUCUCUUACGCGUCUUCAUCUCCACUCACUCACACACACACACGCACUUUCCCUCUCUCUCUAUCUUCUUCUUCUUCUUCUUUGUAUUGUACCAUUCACUUUCUCUCUCUAAAUAUUGCCUUAGAUUAGGACCUCCCGACGGUGGCUUCCUUGUAAAGGAACCAAAGUACAGCCAACCCUUUAAAAAAGUAUUUUAUUUUUCGUUAGAAUUACGAAUUUAUUUAUAUAUAAAAAAAAAGAAGCAAAAAGGAGUGAUUUUGGAUCCGUUUAUUUGCGUUUUGCUUGUGAUGGUAGUGGGUGUUGUUUUGUGUUGUGUUGUUGGCCAAUGCAAAAGUGGAUCUUCUGAAAGAAGAAGAGGAAGAAGGGUUUAAAGAGAAGACUUUCAAGUCCAACAAGAACAAAAGUGAGUGAGUGAGUGAGUUAUGAACACUGGUGGUCGACUCGUUGCUGGUUCCCACAACAGGAACGAGUUCGUCCUCAUCAAUGCAGAUGAGAAUGGACGGAUUAAGUCUGUUCAAGAACUGAGUGGACAGAUAUGUCAGAUUUGUGGGGAUGAGAUAGAGGUUACUGGGAAUGGUGAGCCAUUUGUUGCUUGCAAUGAGUGUGCUUUCCCUGUUUGUCGGCCAUGCUAUGAGUAUGAGAGGCGAGAGGGGAAUCAGGCCUGCCCUCAGUGUAAGACCAGAUACAAACGGAUCAAAGGUACUCCCAGGGUUGAAGGUGAUGAAGAUGAGGAUGAUAUUGAUGACUUGGACAAUGAGUUUGAUUAUGAAAACCCGGAUGCUUUGGGCCGGCAACAAACUUCAGAUUCAUUGUUUUCUGGACGCCUUAACACUGGACGUGGUUCUAAUUCUAAUAUAUCUGGCAUCCCCACAAAUUUUGAACAUGGCUCACCUCCUCUCAAUUCUGAUAUCCCACUCCUGACUUAUGGGGAGGAGGAUCCUGAGAUAUCAUCUGAUAGACAUGCUCUAAUUGUUCCCCCAUAUAUGAAUCAUGGGAACAGAGUCCAUCCCAUGCCUUAUGCUGAUCCAUCUAUUCCACUGCAACCCAGACCGAUGGUUCCAAAAAAAGAUAUUGCGGUAUAUGGGUAUGGAAGUGUGGCUUGGAAAGACCGGAUGGAGGACUGGAAGAAAAGGCAGAAUGACAAACUUCAGGUGGUGAAGCAUGAAGGGAGCAAUGACGGAGACUUUGGUGAUGAGUUUGAGGACCCUGAUUUGCCCAUGAUGGAUGAAGGCAGGCAGCCACUUUCUCGAAAGAUACCUAUCCCGUCAAGCAAGAUAAAUCCAUACAGAAUGGUUAUAAUACUCCGCCUUGUAAUCCUUGGGCUUUUUUUUCAUUAUAGAAUUCUCCACCCAGUUAAUGAUGCAUAUGGGUUGUGGUUGACGUCAGUCAUAUGUGAAAUAUGGUUUGCUGUAUCAUGGAUAAUGGACCAGUUUCCAAAAUGGUACCCAAUACAGCGAGAAACAUACCUUGAUCGUCUAUCACUGAGGUAUGAAAAGGAAGGGAAGCCAUCUGAGUUGUCCAAUAUAGACGUCUUUGUCAGUACAGUUGAUCCCAUGAAAGAGCCUCCACUGAUAACAGCAAACACUGUUCUAUCUAUCCUUGCUGUUGAUUAUCCAGUUGAUAAAGUUGCAUGCUAUGUCUCAGAUGACGGUGCUGCCAUGCUUACUUUUGAAGCACUCUCUGAGACAUCUGAAUUUGCUAGGAGGUGGGUUCCAUUUUGUAAAAAAUACAAUAUUGAGCCCCGGGCUCCAGAAUGGUAUUUUGGUCUGAAGAUUGACUACCUGAAAAAUAAAGUACAUCCAGCAUUUGUCAGGGAAAGGAGAGCAAUGAAGAGGGAUUAUGAAGAAUUUAAGGUGAGGAUUAACAGUUUGGUGUCAACAGCACAAAAAGUUCCUGAGGAUGGAUGGACCAUGCAGGAUGGGACUCCUUGGCCUGGAAAUAAUGUGAGGGAUCAUCCUGGCAUGAUUCAGGUCUUCCUUGGUCAGGAUGGCGUUCGUGAUGUUGAAGGAAAUGAGUUGCCUCGCUUGGUCUAUGUUUCUCGAGAAAAGAGGCCAGGAUUUGAACACCACAAAAAGGCUGGGGCAAUGAAUUCUCUCGUACGGGCAUCAGCAAUUAUCUCAAAUGCACCUUAUCUUCUGAAUGUUGAUUGUGAUCACUACAUUAACAAUAGCAAGGCACUUAGAGAAGCUAUGUGUUUUAUGAUGGACCCUCAACUUGGGAAGAAGAUUUGUUAUGUACAAUUUCCUCAAAGAUUUGAUGGGAUUGAUCGCCAUGAUAGAUACUCAAACAGGAAUGUUGUAUUUUUUGAUAUCAAUAUGAAAGGAUUGGAUGGAAUACAAGGUCCAAUUUAUGUUGGAACUGGAUGUGUUUUCAGAAGAUAUGCGCUUUAUGGAUAUGAUGCACCUGCCAAGAAGAAGCCACCGAGCAAAACCUGUAACUGUUGGCCAAAAUGGUGCUGCCUAUGUUGUGGCUCUAGAAAGAAAAAGAAUGCAAACGCUAAGGAUAAAAAGAAGAAGGUGAAGCACAGUGAAGCAUCAAAGCAGAUACACGCACUUGAAAAUAUUGAGGCAGGGAAUGAAGGACCCAAUAAUGACAAGUCAUCCAAUUUGACUCAAAUGAAAUUGGAGAAGAGGUUUGGACAGUCUCCAGUGUUUGUAGCCUCCACACUUUUGGAAAAUGGUGGAGCUCCACAUGGUGUGAGUCCUGCCUCACUUUUAAAAGAAGCCAUCCAAGUCAUCAGUUGUGGUUAUGAAGACAAAACUGAAUGGGGAAAAGAAGUUGGGUGGAUAUAUGGUUCUGUGACGGAAGAUAUCUUGACUGGAUUUAAAAUGCAUUGCCAUGGUUGGCGGUCUGUGUAUUGCAUCCCUAAACGGCCUGCAUUCAAGGGGUCAGCACCAAUCAACCUUUCAGAUCGUUUACACCAAGUUCUUCGAUGGGCCCUCGGGUCUGUUGAGAUUUUCUUCAGCAGACAUUGUCCAAUCUGGUAUGGCUACGGUGGUGGGUUGAAGUUGUUGGAACGAUUUUCCUACAUAAAUUCGGUCGUGUAUCCUUGGACUUCCCUCCCAUUGAUUGUCUACUGUACUCUACCAGCCAUAUGCCUUCUGACUGGAAAGUUUAUUGUACCUGAGAUUAGCAACUAUGCCAGUAUUGUGUUCAUGGCACUCUUCAUAUCCAUAGCAGCAACUGGUAUCCUUGAGAUGCAGUGGGGUGGUGUUGGUAUAGACGAUUGGUGGAGGAAUGAACAGUUUUGGGUGAUUGGAGGUGCUUCUUCACAUCUGUUUGCCCUUUUUCAGGGUUUACUGAAGGUUUUGGCUGGUGUCAACACAAACUUUACUGUUACCUCAAAAGCAGCUGAUGAUGGAGAGUUCUCAGAGCUCUAUAUCUUCAAGUGGACAUCACUAUUAAUUCCUCCAACUACGUUAUUAAUAAUGAAUAUUGUUGGGGUGGUUGUUGGGGUCUCAGAUGCCAUCAACAAUGGUUAUGACUCAUGGGGACCUCUCUUUGGUAGAUUAUUCUUUGCCUUGUGGGUCAUUAUCCAUCUCUACCCAUUCCUUAAGGGGUUGCUUGGUAAACAAGAUAGGAUGCCAACCAUUGUAUUGGUUUGGUCAAUCCUUCUAGCUUCCAUCUUGACUCUCUUGUGGGUUCGAAUUAACCCUUUCGUGUCAAGAGAUGGCCCUGUCUUGGAAAUUUGUGGAUUGAAUUGUGACGACUCAUAAAAUAAUAAAAGCUGAAGGUGUUUUUCAGCUACACUGUAUGUUGAAAGAAGCAAUGCCUUGAAUAUGACACACGCUCCUCAAAGUUGCACGAAUUUUUGGAUGGAAAGAAGUUGUAUUUUUCGGGUGUGUAGAUAUAGAGG